GUGAGACAGAAGACUGUGAUGAAGUUCUGUAUUUUUUUCUCUUUUCUGCUUACAGAUUAUGUGAACUCUGCUCAAUCUGAUUCUCCAGCUUUCCAAAACAUGACAGCAGUCCAGGUUAGCCGGAGCGGCACAGAGGGGACUGACAUCAUCCUCUUAUGUGAAAAUGAUGAGAAAGGGUCUUGGAGCAAGCGCACUGAAGAUGGAAGAGUGGAUCUUUACAUUCUACGGAAUAAUGAAGAUACCACUGUGUACAAACGUGCUCCAGAUGACCGCUACACCGUGCUACCUGAUUCUACCCUCAUGAUAAAGAGUCUCUCUCUUUCAGACUCGGGUAUUUAUUACUGUAACGGUUAUCCAGUUCUGAACCUGACCGUAGCUCCAUCAUCAGCCGCGUUCAGUCAAAGUCGUACAGAGGGCAGAAACAUCAGGCUGCCCUGCGACUCUGACGGGGAGGUCUCCUGGACAAAACACACUGAACAAGACAAGAAAGUGUUAUUUAUAUUUCACAAAGAAAAUCAAGAUGCCUACAUAUGUGAACCUGAUCCAGACAAGCGAUACAUUACUUUACCUGAUUCAUCGCUCAUUAUAAAGAACGCUGUAGUCUCAGACUCUGGAUUGUACCGCUGUGGUGGUGAUCUGUUUAUAAAUCUGACAGUCAGUCCAUCUAAAGUUUUAUCAAAGCCCUUGGUGCACACCUACAUGUCUUCCAUGAGGGAACCCACAGGUAAGAUGUAG